CCAAUUGGCACACGGUACACAAUGUCGAGCGCCAGCAGCUGUGCGCAUUAAUUAGAAAAAUAAAUAGUUCGUUUCGUGCGGAAAAAUAAUAAAUUGAGCUAAAAUCAAAAGUCAACAGAUCCGGAUGUGGAGUUCAUCAUUAAACCUGGAUAUGAGCACAAUUAGCUAACAGUCUCUUACACAGAGCUCGCGUUCAAGUGACUUCAAAUCAUUUGAAUGAAAGCAGCGAGGAAAAAAUAUAUCACAAAUUUAUUGUGCUACAAUUAGCCAAGUUACGAUAUACACACACAAACACAAAUUAUUUCGGCUUAUUUUUUACUUAAUACAAGUGCAUACAAAACAAACAAAAAAACAACAUAGAAAAUAAAAAUUCCAAUUCAAAGAAGGCAACACAAAUAAGGCAACGGAUCAGUGAAAUGCGAAUGCAAAUUUGAAACUGAAAAAAAAAAAACAAAAAAUGCCAGACGACCAACACUUAAAUGCGAAAAAUGCCCCAGGCGAACAAGAACAGCUGACAGAGCCUGUUGCUGCUGCGAUGGCCAGCGUACGUCUGCCCAUUGUGGGCAUGACCUGUCAGUCGUGCGUGCGCAAUAUUGAAGGAAAACUGGGUCAGCAGUCUGGUGUGCUGCAGGCGCGCGUCCAAUUGGAUGAGCAUGCCGGUUACUUUGACUAUGAUCCCAAUCGGAUAAGCGCCACACGCAUUGCAUACGAAAUCGAUGAAAUGGGAUUCGAGUGCAGUUAUCAGCCGGAGGUGAGUGCAGCCAGGGCCAGUGUUGAUAUACGCGUACUGGGGAUGACCUGUCAGUCGUGUGUGCGCAACAUCGAGGGACAUUUAACGGGCACAGCUGGGCUGCAUCACAUUCAAGUGCAGUUGGAGGGAAAAAAAGCGCGCGUUCAAUAUGAUCCGGAGCAGCUGACAGCGGCGAGUAUUGCUGAAAUGAUUGACGACAUGGGCUUCGAGGCGAGUGUCGCACAGGACACACCUGUCAAGGACACCUCGACACCUGUACUGAAAUCCACCUCCACCUCAUCGCCUGCCAAGCAGGCAACAAAUGGGUCUGCCACCCUGGUUCCCGUCGAACAGGAGCUGCUGACAAAGUGCUUCCUUCACAUACGCGGCAUGACCUGCGCUUCCUGUGUGGCAGCGAUUGAGAAACAUUGCCGCAAGAUCUACGGCUUGGAUAGCAUACUGGUUGCGCUGCUCGCUGCGAAGGCAGAAGUCAAGUUCAAUGCGAAUGUUCUGACGGCCGAGAAUAUUGCCAAAUCGAUAACGGAGCUCGGCUUUCCCACGGAGCUCAUCGAUGAGCCCGAUAACGGGGAGGCCGAGGUGGAGCUCGAAAUAAUGGGCAUGACUUGCGCAUCCUGCGUCCAUAAAAUUGAGACCCAUGUGCUCAAGCUGCCCGGCGUCACGGCCUCCUCGGUGACGCUGCUCACCAAACGCGGUAAAUUCCGAUAUAUUACUGAGACGACGGGGCCGCGGAGCAUAUGCGAGGCAAUUGAGGCGCUUGGAUUUCAGGCGAAGCUGCUCAGCGGGCGCGAUAAGAUGACACACAAUUAUCUGGAGCACAAGGAGGAGAUACGAAAGUGGCGGAACGCCUUUAUGAUAUCCUUAAUCUUUGGCGGUCCGUGCAUGGUGGCCAUGAUCUACUUCAUGCUGGAGAUGAACGACAAGGGUCAUAAGAAUAUGUGCUGCCUGGUGCCCGGACUCUCCAUGGAGAAUCUUGUCAUGUUUCUGCUCUCAACACCGGUGCAAUUCUUUGGUGGUUAUCAUUUCUAUGUGCAGUCCUAUCGAGCUAUCAAACAUGGCACCACAAAUAUGGAUGUGCUCAUCUCGAUGGUGACGACCAUCUCAUAUGUGUACUCCGUCGCAGUGGUCAUUGCCGCUGUGCUCAUGGAGCAGAAUAGCUCACCGCUGACAUUCUUUGAUACGCCGCCAAUGCUGCUGAUUUUCAUCUCGCUGGGUCGCUGGCUGGAGCACAUAGCCAAGGGCAAAACAUCGGAGGCGCUCUCCAAGCUGCUCUCAUUGAAAGCCGCCGAUGCGCUGCUCGUGGAGAUCUCCGAUGACUUUGACAUCAUUAGCGAAAAGACCAUCUCGGUGGAUUAUGUGCAGCGUGGCGACAUCCUCAAGGUUAUACCCGGCGCCAAAGUGCCCGUCGAUGGGAAAGUUCUCUACGGUCAUUCCAGUUGCGAUGAAUCCCUCAUCACCGGUGAAUCCAUGCCAGUUGCUAAGCGCAAGGGUGCUGUCGUUAUUGGUGGCUCGAUCAAUCGCAAUGGUGUGCUCCUUGUCGAGGCAACGCACACGGGGGAGAACACAACGCUUGCCCAGAUUGUCCGCCUCGUGGAGGAGGCACAAACAUCGAAGGCGCCCAUCCAACAACUUGCCGAUCGCAUUGCCGGCUAUUUUGUGCCCUUUGUGGUGGCCAUAUCGACCAUUACGCUCAUCGGUUGGAUUAUUGCAGGCUUUGUCAAUCCCGAUCUCGUCCCUGUUGCCAUGGAGCACAAGAUGCACAUGGAUCGUAAUACGAUUGUCAUAAGCUACGCCUUCAAGUGUGCGUUGAGUGUCCUUGCCAUUGCCUGCCCCUGUGCUUUGGGUCUGGCCACGCCCACAGCGGUCAUGGUAGCUACCGGAACGGGAGCGACAAAUGGACUGCUUGUCAAGGGUGCCACAGCACUGGAAAAUGCCCACAAGGUUAAGACUGUUGUGUUUGACAAGACGGGCACCAUCACACAUGGCACUCCCAUGACCAGUCGGGUGACGAUCUUUGUGCCGCCCCAGGUAUGCAGUUUGGCACGCGCCCUAACCAUCAUUGGAGCCGCCGAGCAGAAUAGCGAGCAUCCGAUUGCCUCGGCCAUCGUACACUUUGCCAAGGAUAUGCUGAAUGUGCAUCAGAGCUUUGGCAAGAGUUCGGGUUUCCAGUCGGUGCCCGGCUGUGGCAUACGCGCCACCGUCUCGAACUAUGAGCAGUCCCUCCGACAAUCGUGCAAUGCGGAACGCAUCAUCAACUAUGAGAAUCUGUGGCGCACGAAUCCCAGCAGCGCCAUUAAUGUCGACAAUGGCGCCAGCAUUGAACAGCUUCAGCUGCAGCAUAAGUUCAUUGAGCAUCAGCUGCUUGCGUUGGAUGGUGCACUCGAAGAACAGCAAGAAAAACAGGAACAGGGAAGACAAGAGGAGCAACAGCAACCGUUGAUUGAUGGUCCCGAGAUUCAUGUGCUCAUUGGCAAUCGUGAGUGGAUGCAGCGCAAUGCAAUUGAGGUGCCACUGGAGAUUAGCGAUUGUAUGACGCGCGAGGAGCACAAAGGACACACAGCUGUCUUAUGCGCACUUAAUGGUCAACUGGUGUGCAUGUUUGCCGUCGCCGACAUGGUCAAACCGGAAGCCCAUCUGGCCGUCUACACGCUCAAGCGCAUGGGUAUCGAUGUCGUCCUCCUCACCGGCGACAACAAGAACACCGCAGCGAGCAUAGCACGUGAGGUGGGCAUUCGCACAGUUUACGCUGAGGUGCUGCCCUCGCAUAAGGUGGCAAAAAUCCAGCGGAUCCAGCAGCGUGGCGUGCGCGUUGCUAUGGUCGGAGAUGGUGUCAACGACAGUCCGGCGCUGGCCCAAGCAGAUGUGGGCAUAACCAUUGCGGCUGGAACGGAUGUUGCCGCCGAGGCGGCAGAUAUUGUGCUGAUGCGAAAUGAUCUGCUGGAUGUGGUCGCCUGUUUAGAUCUCUCGCGCUGCACAGUGCGCCGCAUCCGUUAUAAUUUCCUGUUUGCCAGCAUGUACAACCUGUUGGGCAUACCGCUGGCCAGCGGACUCUUUGCGCCCUUUGGCUUUACGCUCCAACCGUGGAUGGCAUCGGUGGCGAUGGCCGCCAGUUCGGUGAGCGUUGUCUGCUCCUCGCUGCUGCUUAAAAUGUAUCGCAAGCCAACGGCGAAAACGCUACGAACUGCCGAAUAUGAGUCACAGCUGGCAUUGGAGCGGGCCCAACGCAAUGGCUCCGAAUCGGAGCUUGACAAACUUUCGCUGCAUCGCGGGCUCGAUGAUCUGCCCGAGCUCAUGAAUGGCAAGCGGAUGGCUGCCUUUAAGCGCUCCAACACGUCACUUAUUUCGCGCAUCUUCAGCAGUUCAGCGAAUUUAAACGGGAAGCAGGAGGAGGGUCUACUCCAGGACUCGAACAGCGAACGAACGCCACGCAUUCUGCAGUCCCGCUAUCUGGGCGACACCACCGAGCUGCAAAAGCUCUAAACGACAAACUACAAAUUUACCGUAAACAUUUUAUAAUUUAGAUUCAUAUACAAUACAUAUAUCUAACUAUAAUACAAAAUCUGUAUAUAUGCAAUAAUCAAAAACAAAAAAAAAAGAACAAACAUUCAUUUUAUAUAGCAUUUUUUUUUUUGUUCAUUGUUAAUAAUUCAUGUGUGCGAAUUGAGUUCUGUUUAUUCCUUAUUUAAACAUAAGAUCAACUGUGAGAUAGAAAGAAAGAAAAAAGAACUUAAACAAGACAAGACAAGAUCAUAUGAGCAGUAUAAACUAAUAAACUAUUGACCAUAUUGUUACUUACUAUUAAAUACACAACAAAUACAAACGAAAAUAUCGAGAUUUUCUCUAUGCUUACAUAUAUACAUAGCAUACAUUUAGCAUAUAUAUAUAUAUAUAUUUACAUCUGGCAUAUAAUGCGGGUAAGAUCCCCAAUUGGUGUACUAAAUUGUUAAGCAAAAGCGCGCAUUGUUGUAUAAAUAUUCAUGAUAAUGAUAAUCAUAAGUCAUAAUUGGGAGCACAACUGCAAAAUAUAUAACGAAAUGAAACUGAUUUUUGUAUAUAUAUAUACAUACAUACAUAUAUAAGUACGCUUAUCGCUAUUUGUACAGUUUAUACAAACAUACACAUCAUGUUUAUAUACAUGUGUGUAUAAAUCCAAUAAAGUUGAUCCCAUACCAGCAAAUAACAGAUCAAGUUACAAAUAAACAAAAAGUUUGUGAACCUAAAA